UCUAUUUUGAGAAGAGAGUAUUUGUCUUUUGUCCCACUGCUGCACGUGACCCUCUUUUGUUUCAACCCUCUCUCUCUCUCCAAGUCCAACAACAUAGAAUAGAAUAGAACCUAGGAGUAGUUGUAAUGGUAACACAACACUCACUGUAACCCCACUCCUUCCAAAUCCAGAUCCCACAUCGGUUAAAACAGAUCCCUUCCAUCCAUGAUUCUAUCUUCUUCUCGUCCAUGUCUUCCUCCAUCGUCAUCAUUUUCCUCUUCCUCUCCCUCUUCAGACCCUGCAACACUCAAACAUGCUCUUCCAAUAACACAAACCCGUGUCCUCCGUUCUCCUCUCACCCUCCUUUCCCUUUCUCCUCCACACCAGGCUGUGGCCACCCCUCCUUCCACAUAACCUGUUCCAGCCCCCAUUCUUUCAUCUCCAUCAACAACCUCUCCUUCUCCAUACUCUCCUACAACUCCAACACCUCCUCCAUAACCCUCUCCCCUCGCCCUAACCCAACGCCCCACCCCAACUGUCCCUCCUUCUCCUUCAUUCCUACCCGCCCCAUCAACCUCUCCGCCACCCCCUUUCGUGUCUCAGCCGCCACGUGCUCCCGCCUCUCCUUCCUCCGCCCCUGCUCGCCGCCUUCCCUCCCCAACUGCUCCCACUGCCCCUCCCAGUGCCACCUCAUCAAAUCUCCCUCCCACCUUCUCCCUGACUGCAGAUCCACCCACCACUCCCCUCAGUACUCAGACUCCCCCUGCCUCACCGACAUCCUCGGCUUCCUCCAACAGUUCCUCAAGAACGGAAUCCAACUCGACUGGGACCAGAGCCGUGACCCCUACUUCACUAAUUGCACCAUCUGCCGCGCCAACAACAGCACCUGCGGCUUCAACUCCUCCUCCCAGAACAAACCGUUCCUCUGCUUCGGCUACCGCUCCCAAUCCACCCUCGCCCCACCAUGGAUUCGCAAAUUCAAACCGAACAAAAUGGCCCUUUUCAGCACCGUCAUCGCCAUCACCUCCCUGCUUCUCCUCAUCUCAGUAGCCACCGCCAUCCUCCGCUCUGCCAGAUCAAAGGCCUCCUCCGCCGCCACGCAGCAAGACCCCACCACGCUCUUCCUCCGCCUCCACCGCUCUGCCAGUCUACUGCCCCCGGUCUUCUCCUACGACGACCUCGCUGCUGCUACCCACAACUUCGACCCCAAGCGGAAAAUCGGCGACGGCGGGUUUGGGUCCGUCUACCUCGCGCAGCUCCGCGACGGCCGCCUCGCGGCGGUGAAGUACCUCCACCGCCACCACUCCUCCGCUGCGUUCUCUACCAAGUCCUUCUGUAACGAGAUCCUCAUCCUCUCCUCGAUCCACCACGCGAACCUGGUGAAGCUCCACGGUUACUGCAGCGACCCGAGGGGGCUUCUCCUGGUCUACGAUUACAUCCCCAACGGAACCCUGGCGGAGCAUUUGCACCACCGCAAAGGAUCUCUGACGUGGCAGGUGAGGCUCGACAUCGCGCUACAAACGGCGUUAGCGAUGGAGUAUCUUCAUUUCUCGGUGGUUCCACCGGUCGUCCACAGAGACAUCACGUCGUCGAAUAUUUUCGUGGAGAGGGAUAUGAGGAUCAAGGUGGGAGAUUUCGGGUUGUCGCGGCUUUUGGUGGUGCAGGACACGACGUCGUCUUCGAACGGGUUUGUUUGGACCGGGCCGCAAGGAACACCGGGCUAUCUUGAUCCAGAUUACCACCGCUCGUUCCGGUUGACCGAGAAAAGCGACGUGUACAGUUUCGGAGUUGUGUUGUUAGAGCUUAUAUCGGGAAUGAAAGCGGUGGACCAGAGCAGAGACAAGCGCGAAAUGGCGCUUGCGGAUUUGGUUGUUUCCAGGAUCCAGAUGGGGCAACUUCACCAGGUUCUGGAUCCGGUUUUUAAACGCGGCGACAGCGACGGCGUCUCCGCCGUCGCGGAACUUGCAUUCCGCUGCGUGGCGGCGGAUAAGGACGACCGGCCGGAUUCAAGGGAGGUGGUGGAGGAGCUGCGGCGGGUGCGGAGUCGGACGGUGGCGGCGAAGGAGUGAAGUAAAGAAUGGUUCUUUAUUAUGGGGCCUUGUGGUGAUGUGGAGUUUGACUGCGAAGUUGCACUUGUGUCGGACGACAACGUUGACUUGACCCCACCGAAACCAUGAUGAGUUGUUUUUUUGUGAAAGUUAAUAUGUUAUUAUGAUGAGGUUAAUAGUUGGAAUUGAACGCACGAGGGUUUUUAUUUUUAUUCUAUUCUGCGUGUGGUUACGUAACGUCAAGCGGUGGAAAAUGUCAGUGAUCCCGUACCGGUACGGCCGUGGGAACUUACCCAAAUUCAGCUAAAUAGUCAACAGUGUCUAUGUAACGUCUACCACUCUCUUAUUUUGUACUACCUCACACCGUAAAUAUACCAUAUCUUCUAUAACUUUUUGGCAAACUAAAUUUUUCAA